AUGUCGAGCCGCCAACUUCGCAAGCUGCAGAAACAGCGAGAGUUUGAGCAGCUCCAGGAAGCUAAAGCGACAGCCGAAGAGUCCAGCGAGGAUGACGAGCCCGAACCUGCGCCUACCAAGCCCCGACAGAGCUUGUUCGCAGCUUUAGGAGGCGGCGAAGACGACGAGGAUGAAGAGUCUGAUGGGGUGCAAGAAGAAGUCAGAUCCGAGCCCGAGCCUGAUCCCGUUCCUCAGCCUGCAAAGAAGAAGAACAAGAAAAAGAAAAAGAAGGGCAAAAAGCAGGCAGCUCAGUUUAAGAACGACUCCGACAACUCGGACGGUGAGAAGGAAGAUGAGAUAGACCGGGCGCUCCAGGAACUCAGUGCUUCUCGCGACACCGAUUCGACCGCCACCGAUAACCUCGCCCAGCGAAGCCGCGAUAUCGACGAACUGUUGCAAAUUAACACCCAAUACCUCAGAGCCAUCAAUGAGAUGCGCGCGCUUUUUGGCAAGGAAGCUAUCCAGACGGCACAGGAGGAGGAGCGUGCAGAACUAGAGGCGGCACGACGGGCGCAGCGAGGCACCAACCAAGGCGUAGACCUCGAAACGGCGCUCCGAGGAGAUCCGCGCAAGAAGCUCCCAGAGGUGUCGCUACGACGGAACGUCUUCAUCCAGGGCAAGGAGACAUGGCCUCGCGCAACUGCUGCUGGCCUUAUCAUGAAGGAGAUCAAGAAGGGGUCGGACGGUCUUACGGAAUUCGCAUUCAUCCAUGAGCCAGCUUACGACAAUGUCCAGAUCAUGUUCUUUAGCUGUGUCCAGAUGGGCGACCCGAUGCAGUUGGUACAGCUUUUGAUGAGAUAUCCCUACCACAUCUCGACCCUGCUCCAAGUGAGUAAGGUUGCCGUGCAAGACCAGAAUCAGGCUCUGGCGGCAGACUUGUGCGAGCGGGCUUUGUUCACGUUUGGAAGAGCUACGACCUCCGCCUUCAGGCAAAAGCUGGAGCAGGGCAAGGCCCGAUUAGAUUUCCGGCGACCCGAGAACCGAGAGCUUUGGCUUGCUGGCUACACAUACCUUAAGAGCCUGAUACGGAAAGGCACUUACAGAACAGCUUUGGAAUGGGCCAAGCUGCUAUAUAGCCUGAAUCCUAACGACCCUUAUGGCAUGAAAUACUUCAUCCAUGUUCUCGCCAUCCGCGCUCGCCAGUCGCAAUGGCUUGUUGACUUCAUCAACACCCCAGAAUAUGUGGCAGAUGAAACUGAUGAUACCUACAUCAAGCAGACGCUGGUCCUCGCGAAGCUGCAACUUGGCGAUAUCAAAGGCGCAAAGAAUGUUGCAGUGGCAGGGAUGGAGCGUCUACCAUGGCUGUACUGCUCUCUCUUCCAAGCUCUUAAUCUGGAAGCGCCCCCUCCUCUGUGGGGCGUGCGGCCCGAUACCGACGAGCGCGAGUUCUGGACGAAUCUAUAUGUACACCAGGCAAAAGACAUCUGGAACAACACGCAGGCGAUCGACAUUUUGAAGGAAGCCGUCAAGAUCGCACAAAAGCCGACGAAUAGUCUCCCACAGGACAGACCAGCAGACACGCGGACAGCCAGAUGGGUAUGGCUGGAAGAUACACCGAGCUUGCUAAGCGGCAUUCCUAGAGCGAUACUUACGCAGGAGCCCAAUUACGCUUUCGAUCCCCUCCCUCCACCAAAAGAGGCAAACAUUUUCACAAGUCAAGGAACACAGAUGCCCUGGCGCCAGAGCGGUGGUCCGAGUGAGCAGGGCAUGUUGGCACAGGAGCGAGCACUCAUCAACAUGCUGCGCAGACAGCAACAGAGAGCAGCUGCACGCGGAGCUGGUGCCGGCGCUGCAGCUGGUGCUGGUGCUGGUGCCGGCGCUGGAGCGAUGCUAGGCGCGUUCCCUGAGGAUGAUGGCGAGAAUGGUGGUAACUUUGCAGAUGCCUGGGAAGGCGAGUUCGUUGACGGUGACGACGAAUUUGCCAUAGAAGGAGAAGAUGGCCAGCCCCCAUCUGCUGGUAUUGUACAGAGACUUGCGGACUUGUUGGCAUCUAUGGUCCCUGGUGGAUGGUCGGCGGCUUCUGGGGAGGGCGAGGAAGGGGAUGGGUUCCCAAUUGAUGCUGACGAGGAUGUGGAUGACGGCGAGGACCGCCAGCCUCAGCCACCUGGCGGAUUUAACUAA